ACACAACAAACACGGUUUAUAUAAAGGCUUUUUCAUCAAUCAUCAAAUUCUCAAUUCUCUGUCACAUAACUUUUUUUUCCCAUCUCUUCAUUCUCUCUGAAUUCCAUUUUUCAAGAAAAUGGAAUUGAAAAAAUCCAUUUUUGUUUUUUCUCUUCUUGUUCCUCUGUUGUUCUUGGUUCCACAUUUUCAAGGAGGAAUAAGAACAGCCAUUGCUGCCAGAAAUCAAGAUUCUUCAGAAUCAUGGGGUUAUGUUGAAGUUAGACCAAAAGCUCACAUGUUCUGGUGGUACUACAAAAGUCCAUACAGAGUUGAAGAUCCAAAUAAGCCAUGGCCAAUAAUUCUAUGGUUACAGGGUGGACCUGGAGCAUCAGGAGUUGGAAUUGGUAACUUUGAAGAAGUUGGGCCAUUGGACACUAAUCUCAAACCUAGGAAUUCAACUUGGUUGAAGAAAGCUGAUCUUCUUUUUGUAGACAAUCCAGUUGGAGUAGGAUAUAGUUUUGUGGAGGACAAGAAGUUAUUUGUGAAGACAGAUGUGGAGGCAGCAACAGAUUUGACCACAUUGUUGAUUGAAAUUUUCAAUAGAAAUCAGACUCUUCAACAGAGUCCUCUAUAUAUAGUAGCAGAGUCCUAUGGAGGAAAAUAUGCUGUUACUCUUGCACUUUCAGCCCUUAAAGCCAUUGAGUCUGGCAAAUUGAAGCUCAAACUUGGAGGAGUGGCAUUGGGUGAUAGCUGGAUCUCACCUGAAGAUUUUGUGUUUUCAUGGGGUCCUCUUCUGAAAGAUGUGUCAAGACUUGAUGGAAAUGGCCUGCAAAAAUCAAACAGUGUAGCUGAAAAAAUAAAGCAGCAAAUUGAUGCUGGCCAAUUUAAAGCUGCAACAGAUUCAUGGAGAGAAUUAGAAGAAGUCAUAAGCGAUAACAGUAAUUCAGUGGAUUUCUACAAUUUCAUGUUGGAUUCAGGAAUGGACCCUCUAGGUUUAAAAUCUUCUGAAUUAUCACAAACAAUUUCAAUGAGAUAUUCAAGAUACUUACAAUCCUCUAGAAUUACUCCUGGUAGUGAUGGUGAUCUUGAUAGUUUAAUGAAUGAUGCUAUCAAAAAGAAAUUGAAAAUUAUUCCACAAAAUGUUAGAUGGGGAGGGCAGUCUGAUUCUGUUUUUACUGCCCUAUAUGGCGAUUUUAUGAAGCCAAGAAUCGAUGAGGUUGAUGAACUAUUGGCCAAAGGAGUGAAUGUGACUGUGUAUAAUGGACAACUUGAUCUCAUUUGUGCCACUAAGGGAACAGAAGCAUGGGUUGAAAAGCUAAAGUGGGAAGGUCUGAAAACUUUCUUGAAUAUGGAAAGAAAUCCAAUUUAUUGUAAAGGUGACAACGGUACUAAAGCUUUCACUAAAUCAUACAAGAACCUCCACUUCUACUGGAUUCUUGGAGCUGGCCAUUUUGUUCCAGUUGAUCAACCUUGUGUGGCAUUAGAUAUGGUUGCUAGCAUCACGCAAUCACCAGCAGUUUCAAAAUGAAUAUUAGUUAUAUACACAUUUGCAGAGAAAAUGGUUUGUCAGAUUUGUACGAAAGCAAAAAACAUAUUUCGACAACUAAAGUUGAACAGUAACUAUAGGAAGGAAGAUGUAACAAAAGAAAAGAGAUAAAAAAAUAACUACUAUGUUUCAGGGAUUGCAUUUGUAUUAAUAAAUUGACCAUUUUUUCUUUCAAGAAAGUGUUAUUUCUUGUAUAGUUACAUCUAAUUUGAAGGGGUCUUUCGUUUA